AUGUGUCUACUACAGGAGACUACAACUGUGUUUGAUACAAGACAAAUGAUAACUGAUCGGAAAGUGUUAGAGGAAACCAUGUUUGCAGCUGUUAGAGAGAGAUUGGGUGGCACUUGCUGCAGACAGGUCUGCUCCUCGUUCGCUUACGGAUUUUUUGUAGAUGUGCGGUAUUUCCAGCUAGGAAGUAUCAGCAUUUAUACUAGUAUAGAUGAACGUUUUAUGCAGUCACUGCUUCUACAGCAGUUUCUCUUACAGGAAGCUCAGAUCAUCAGGAAAAACUCAACAGCCAUCGUAGAGGUCAUAGUUCAUGCAAAAACUGAGGAUGAGGCUGAAGAAAUACGGGAGCAAGCCAGAGCACAGGCUGCUGAAAAAUAUAAAAGCAGUUUUGAUUAUUUACGAACUCUGCGAGGACUAAACCACACCCACCUGUCUGUUGACUUUCAGCAGCUCAUCACUGGCAACUUCUAA